AAAUCCAUUUUUUGUGCUUUUUUUCUUAACCCUAGCGAGAGAGAAGAAGGAGAAGAUCGCUGUGUGUGUACAUUAUAUACAAAUAUAUGUAUGUAUAUAUAUCGCGGGAGCAAAUUGAUACAGAUUUACAGAAGUUCAACGGUGGAUUGCAUCUGAUUUGAAAGGUACAUAUAUAUUUUGAAAAAAAUGGCAGAUGACAUUUCAAGCUUUUGGGGUCCUGCAACAUCUACCAAAGAGUGGUGUGAGCUAAAUUAUGUCCGCUCCUCCUAUAUUGCAGAGUUCUUUAAUACCAUAUCAAAUGUCCCAUGCAUUAUUUUGGCUUUGAUUGGUCUUGUGAAUGCCCUCAGACAGCAGUUUGAGAAAAGGUUCAGUGUCCUUCAUAUGUCAAAUAUAGUACUUGCCAUAGGGAGCAUGAUAUAUCAUGCCACGUUGGGGCAGAUGCAACAGCAAGGUGAUGAGACGCCCAUGGUCUGGGAAAUGCUUCUCUACAUUUAUAUCAUUUAUUCACCAGAUUGGCAUUACAAGACUACAAUGCCCACAUUUUUGUUCCUUUAUGGUGUAGUAUUUGCCAUUCUGCAUUCGCAGAUUCGCUUUGGUAUUGGUUUCAUGCUACAUUAUGCACUAUUGUGCCUUCUAUGCAUUCCUCGCACAUAUAAGUAUUACAUUCAUACAGAAGACAGAUCCGCAAAGCAGCUUGCAAAGUUAUAUGUGGCCACUUUAUUAGUUGGAGCUGCCUGCUGGCUGUGUGAUCGUCUAUUCUGCAAGCACAUUUCAAGCUGGUACUUCAAUCCACAAGGUCAUGCACUAUGGCAUGUCCUUAUGGGUUUUAAUGUGUACUUUGCAAAUACGUUCUUGAUGUACUGUCGUGCUCAGCAAAGAGAAUGGAAUCCAAAAAUCAAGCACUUCCUCGGAUUUUUCCCAUAUGUAAAGAUCCAUAAACUAAAAGCUCAGUAGCACAAGUUAUUACUCCAAACUCGGCCUGUAAGAAAAAAAAAGCCGUGCAUGAAAUGGCACCAAGGAACAACAAGUGCUACUGAUUUUUUGUCUUCUCCAUUUUGCAGAUGUGUAAAUGAAAGUUUGAAUUAGUUUCAUUUUUUACUGUAAAAUUAGUGGUCAACCGGUGUACCAUAUAUAUUUAUACUUCUAUAGAAGGCUGACAUGACUAGCUAGUAGUCUUUUUUCUAAUGUUUUUGCUUUUACAUUUUAGGAACUGUUAUAAACAUGGUUUAUUUUGCUAUUAUGCAAGUGCCCACAAAUGUGGUUUUUGAUU